AUGAACUAAAAAAUGUUUUAAACUAAACACAACAAAAUAGAAUAAAGCUAAGAACUUCUGUUGAGUUCUAGAAAUAGAGUGAGAUCAGUUUUUUAAGAUAUUUCGAAUCUGAACUUUACAUUAGUAAAUUAAUAUGAAAAGGGUUCUGUAUAGAAGAAGGAGGAAAGAAAAACUUAAAUAAGUAGAAAAAGAAGAAAUGCAGUAAUACCUAUAAAAAUAGAGAGAAUGUUGAUAUAGAUAGAACAUUCUGAAUAUCAGUUUAUCAAUUUAAAAAUCAGGUCUGGGAAUUAGAUAGAGAAGGAUAUUUUAUGUUAUUUUGAUAAAUUCCGAAGUGAAAUUUAUUAAUACGAAUUAUUAAUAGAAUAAAAAGUACUAUAAUGAGAUAUAAAAUUAGUUUAAUAUAUUGAAUAUUGAUUAGCAUGAUUUUACUGAAGAGUAAUUAGAAAGAGUGUUAGAUUGGAUGGUAUAUAAGAUGAAAAAGUUUAAGAAAGUGUCUAAUGAGUCUAUAUUUAAAGCAAUUGAAUUAGUAUAUUAGUACUUAUAGAACACCUAUCAUUUAACAUUAAAAGAAUUAGAAUUGAUAUCAGGCUGUAGUAUUUAUAUAUCUUCUAAAUUUGUGGAUUUGUAUCCUAUAUAUAUUGAUGAUCUGUGUUAAGAAGUAAUAUAAAUUAUGAAUAUAGGUGUUAUAAUAGAAAUAUUAUAAUAGUGAUAUCUUAUAAUAGGAGAGAAAGAUAUGUUAGAGUAUAAAUUAUAAUUUAUGUUUCACAACAUCAUUGUAAUUGGUGCAUAGAAUAUUAAUGGAUUUAAAAGAUUUAAUAUAAUAAAUUUACGAUAAUGAAAAGAUGGAUAUAUUGAUAUAAAAGAUAAUUGAGAAUCUGUUUUAUAUGGAAAUAGGUUAAGAGUUUAGAUAGAUAUCCAAAUGUAAUAAGGCCUUAGCUUGUAUUUUAUUAACUAUGAUAGAAGAAAAUGUUGAAAGUAGAGUAGUAAUUAUUUGA